AUGAACGCGUCGGCGAUUUCCGCAGCCACACUGCGCGCCAACCCGACCUCCGGCCUCUCGAGGCGGAGCGCCGGGCGCGUCCCGUCCGGAACCGGCCGCAGGUCCCCCACCACGAGGGCGGCGGCUGACUCCGACGACAUCGAGGCGCUCGAGAAGAGGCUCAAGGGCAAGAGGGGCAAGAAGCAGGAGGGAUACUUCGACAGCUAUCCGACGAAGGAGAGCAAGAUCCCCAAGGGUUUGUGGGAGAUGGAUCCCGCGGCGUGGGACGCCAUGCCGGUGGGGGAUCGCGCGUGGAAGCUGUGGACUGGGGAGCCGGGGAUGAUGUACUGGAUGAACCAGGGUUCGCUCUACGGCGCGGGGAUCCUCGCGUUCGUCUGGGUGCUCUUCCGCCUCGUGGGACCCGCGAUCGGGCUCUACCAGCUCGCGGACCAGUAG